UCAUAUGCCAAACUUCCAAAGUAUGGAAAGAUGGUUAGACAGACAAACCCAGGUUCUUUGUUUAAGCUACAAUUCAUUUCCAGAAAUAACGUGUCUGUUAAUCCUGUUUUCAAACAAUGCUUUAUUUGUUAUGAAGCUUGUGAAGUGGGGUUUGUCAAUGGUUGUAGACCAUUUAUUGGGCUAGAUGGAUGCCAUUUGAAGGGAAAGUAUGAAGGCAUUCUACUAUCAGCAGUUUCUAUAGACGAAAACAAUGGAUUGUUUCCACUUGCAUUCGUAGUUGUGGAAUCUGAGUGUAAAGAUAGCUGGUGGUGGUUCCUAAACAACCUAUAUAUUGCAUUUCAUUCUAGCUUAGAUGGCAUAGGAUGCCUAACAUUUAUUUCAGAUAAGCAGAAGGGUCUAACUGAGGUAGUACGAGAGGUUUUCCCUGACUCAAAUACCAGACAUUGCAGUAGGCACAUGAAGGCCAACUUCAGGAGUAAGUUUGCAGGAGAUGAGAUGAAGUCAUUAUUUUGGGCUGCAUCAAGGGCUUACAGAGAAAUUGAAUUUAAAGAGUUAUUGUCUAAGAUUAAGAGCAUUAGAAAGGAUGCACAUGAUUGGUUGAGUGCAAAUCCUCCCAAUUCAUGGUCCAGAUAGGCAUUUGAUCAUGGAGCAAAGAGUGACCAUAUCACUAACAAUAUGACAAAGUCCUUCAAUAAUUGUAUAGGACCAUACAAAGACAAACCAAUUUUAUAUCUCAUCGACCAACUACGUAUUUUAUUGAUGGAAAAAUUACACAAGAGGUUUGAGCAAUCAUGUUCAUAUAAGGGGAGCCUGACACCAAAUAUUAAGAAGAAAUUGGAUGUUAUCUACUAGCAGUCAAGAUCAUGUGUGGCAUUAUCUGCAGGUUACAAUGAGUUUGAGGUGAAUGAUGGGGCUUCGAGGUUUGUGGUCAACUUGAAUACAAGAAAGUGUGGGUGUCAAGUGUGGGAAGCAACUGGGCUACCAUGUAAACAUGCAAUUUUUUGUAUUGCGUACAAGAGAGAAAGUGUUGAAGAUUAUUGUGAUAGUUUUUACUCCCUUGGUAAAUAUAUGCAAGCAUAUGAAAACAUGAUACAUCCACUUCCUAAUAUUUCAAAGUUGGAGGAUACUAGUAUUAUGGGUGUGGUAGAGCCACCACCUCUGAGAAGGCAACCAGAGAGACCCAAAUAGGUUAGGAAAAGAGAGGUUGGUGAACCAGCUGCUGGGGAGUAUAGGACGAAGUCUUCUUCAGUAAUAUGUCAAAGAUGCAAGCUUGAGGGUCAUAAUAAGACAUCAUGUACGAAUGGUGCCGUUAGAAGGAAGAGGAAACGAUCAUAUAAACAGAUCAUGCAGGUACUAUUUUUUAUGAAUUAAAACAUCGUUAACUGUUUUUACUAUGUUGACAUUAUCUUCACUAUAAAUGUGUUUCUCUGUUUUGUUUGUGUGGUAUAAUCAAAAUAUAGUGGGCACUCAAACUGAUGUCAAUGUCUCUCAAAGGACUAGAUCACAUAAUGAAGCGACUGACCAAAUGGAUAGUGUUCAAGCAAGGUGAAGAGCAAGAAUGGCAGCAACUCGUGCAAGGAGAUGUGAAAAGGAAGCAACGAAGUUGCAAAUCAAGGAUUAAUUUUGGUAAUGAGCUGUUAUUUUAGGUUACAUAACAAUUUAUUUCUUUUAAGGGGCUUAGUUUUAUGUAUUUGGUGGAAGAAUGUAAAUUGGAUGUAGAUGCUACUUUCUUUUGCUUUUUUGGAGAGAAGACAUAUGCUUCUGUUUUGGAUGUAGAUACUACUUUCUUUACUUGG